GCACAAUUUCUUUACCCUCUUCAGAAUCGGCUAGGGUUACAGGUUUGAGUGUUUGACACCAUAUAAUUUGCCUUGGGCGAGAUAUCAACCAGAGAUACGAGAACUUGGGGAGACGAAAUAGAUCGGACUAUCUUCUCCAGUUCUCCUCCUGAAAUUGCGAAGUAGAAGCAGUAGAAACCAAACCUUAGAGGGAACAAGGCAGUGCAGCAGAUCCUUAGCUGAAACUAGGGUUUUUCAAGGGUAAACAGCGGCAGCGAAGGAAAGGCAUGAGUGCUGGGAGGUUGAAGAACUUGCUGGCAUCGGUAGCCAUUGAAGGGGUAGCGGAGGCAAGGGCGAGCAUAUUUGGCCAUGUGCUUAACCCCACUGGUGAGAGAUCCAGCCAUAAAAUUCUGCGCAAGAAACUGAUUGGAGACAAGGUUUCGCAGUGGUACCCACAUGACAUCAGAAAGGAUGAUCCUCUCAUCAUGGCUCGAGAAGAACAAGAGCGUUUAAGCAAGCUUGAAAUGUUGAAGCGCCGUGGGAAGGGACCACCUAAGAAGGGCCAGGGAAAACAGGCCAAGAAGCGGAACAAAUAGGCAAUGUCUCCCAAUGGAUUCUCACAGUUGCCUUCAGAGGUAGCCUCAAGCAUUAAUGGUUCUCUUUGUUAGCUAACUUUCCUUUUCUAUUAUCUGCUUCAUCUUUGUGAACUUUCAACAUGCAUCUUGAGUGGCCUUGAAAUGGAUUUUGUCAGUCCUAGUAAGUGUUUUUUGUUCUUAAAUUAUGUCCUUGUAAGAUUCUGUUGUUGAUACUUGAUAAAAUAUGCAUUUAGAAAGAACAUUUAUAGUCUCUUUUAAUUUCAAGGAGAAAACACUUUUAGAACUGAGGUAAGUGUGACUAAAAGUCUAUCUCCUACUUUUAAUUGUGUCAUUAGAAUAACUGCUUCAUUAGAUU